AUGAACUCCUUCAAUGAUCAAAUCGUUGACAAUAAAUUCGCUACUAAAUCAAAAAGAGGUAGGAAAUCUCUUGCUGUAAGCGAAGACUAUGUAGACACAACUGGAAGAACUCAUAUCAUGACAGUUAGAAGGGCAAAUCUUCCGGUGCAAAAAAAGAAAGCUUCUAAGGUUCAAAAUGUCAUUAAAAAAAGCAAUAAUAAUAAUUAUAGCAGACAAUAUGAGCAAAAUGAAGAAUUUAAUGACGUCCUAAAAGAUCGAAUCGGAAACUUAGAAAGUUUGGUAAAUAAGUCAACUAACGCAACAAAACAUAAUAAUGCGCAAAUAAAUCCUCAUCCGUUAUCUAAUAUUGGAACAGAAGAACUUUUUAAUCUAUCUAAACUAAUUGGCAACGAGCUAUUACAAAGAUCUAGAAUUCAAACGGCAACUCCGACAACAACUAUCGGCGUUAUUAAUGAUCGAAUUAAUACAACUAUCCCCCAAUCAUUAUCUAAUAUUGGAACAGUGGUUCCUUUAGAGAUACAAAGUCAGUUACAAACUCCGAUGUUAACCUCAACAACUGCACCUAUCGACAUUCUUAUUAACCGAAUUGGAAAAUUGGAGAGUUUACUAAAUAAGUUUAUUAAUUCGAAAAUCCCUCAAUCUCUAUCAAAUUUUGAUACAGAAGUUCCUGUUGAGAUGCAAAGUCAAAUGCAAUUACAAGCUCAGAUGGAAUCUCCAACAACUACACCUAUCGACAUUUUGUAUGAUCGUAUUGAAAAAUUAGAAAGUUUGAUAAAUAUGUACACUAAUCCAACAAUGCAUCAAUCGCUAUCUUCGCUUUCUUAUAUUGGAGAAAAUUCUUUUGAUAUGCUGCAUUUACAAAAUCAAAUUGUAUCACCGACAACCUCAUUAACGUCCGCGUAUGAUACAGAUUUCUACCAACAAAUUGGAGUUCAUUUACCACACAAUACCAAUAAUUAUAAAUCGUGA